UGGUUACCUCGUGCUGUAAACUUACCUCUCGCACCGCUCACUUACUAUAGCCUCUCUCGGUCUCUCACCACCCCGUGCAACGCUGUCGCCGACCGUUAUAUUUGUCUCGGCAACGCUCGCUGUCCCGUCUCCGUUACCCACGGGUUAACACUCGCCCUGCUGUGUCGCUGGGGUUACCCCCCCCCCACCCCCCCACUUUGUUACCCCGAAACCCUCGCCGCGGACUUCCACAUCGGGCUACGUGCGGACGUUGUCGCGGGCCUUGUGCGCGCAGUUUGGUUCUCUGGGCAUCCCUUAACCGAUUCAGAAUCGGGAGUGAUUUUACUUGACCUGGAGGAAUCCGGCGAGCUGUAGGCUCGUUUUCGCAAGACGUGGGGGCUACAAGCGAUACGGGGAGACACGGUGGUACAGAUGUGCGGGGUUAUAGGGCUUCAGCAGGGGUAACAAGGAUACAGAUGGUGCAGAGACACCGGGGUACCGGGGGCUACAGGGAGACAGCAGUACAAUGAGAUGUGGGUUACCAGGCGAUGGGUAUAGGGAGACGGGGGAGACGAGGCGUUCAAGGAGACGAGGCUAGUGAGAUUGAGGAGAAGACAUCGCGAGGUGUGACGAAGUGGGAAGCGAUCACGAAGUGCGCCAUCUCUCGCCAACACCUCGCAGGCGUGGGCUUGGUCCGGUCACGGCUGGCUCGCGCAGCACGAGAGGCGGCGACGCGCUCGAAGAGGCCGCGGUGCCGUAGGAGGGCAGUGUGGAGUGAGAGCGGGGUGGUGUCAUGGGGAAGGACUGGUGUGCAAGCAAUGUUUUAAGGAAGGCUCCGAUCGCGCGGGAGGCAGCAUGGCAGCCGGCGUGAGAGCCGUCAAAUAGCGCCGGGUCGCGCCAAACGCACGCCGUCACCCGCGUGGGGAUGCGAGUCAGUUCAGGGCCCCAACCGGGCCGUGCCGCGCUCUUCCUCCUCUCCGCCGCGUCCGUCUGCGCCGCGCUGAGCCGGCCGGCGCCGCGGGACCAAGUGAGCGCCGGGCCGGAAACGUCGCCGGCCAGAACCGUAACCGAAGUCCCGGUCAACGCCUCGGGGCACCUGCCUGCCGACGCGGGCGAACCGCUCGAGUCGUUUCCGAGCGGUGACCCCGCGACGGAUACCGAUGGGAGCGGGAGAAUCGAUGGGAACUCCCCGCGCAGGGCUUACCUCCUGGCGGGGCGCGCAGGGGGAACGGAGGUCUCAGCCGCCCCGGUGAAACGGUUUCCACGGCCGGCCGAGCCGAACGCACAGAGGAUGACGACGGCCGUGACAACCGCCGCCGCCAACGGCACCGCCCCGGCGACCGUCGCCACCACCGUUGCGACGACCGGUGCAGCGCCCUCCGCAGCGAACGCCACCCUCUUCUACGGCGGCGGCGGCGGCGGCGCGAGUCCGAGGCCGGGGAUUUGGCUGGGCAACGCGACGGCGGCGGGCUGGGCACCGGCGGGCGUGUCGCACUUCCUCGACUCGCCCGUGCUCUACAUGCUGCUGCCCUUCGUGCUCUUCAACAAGUGCGCCUUCGGCUGCAAGAUGGACAGCGAGGCGCUGCAGGGCCUGCGCUCGCGGCCCGCGCCCAUCGCGCUGGGGCUGGCGGCGCAGUUCGGCGUCAUGCCGCUGCUCGGCUACGGGCUGUCGCGCGCGUUCGCGCUGGACGAGGAGCUCUCGCUGGGGCUCGUGGUGGCGUGCUCGUGCCCCGGCGGCGGAGGCGGCUACCUCUACAGCCUGCUGCUGGGCGGCGACGUGGCGCUGGCGCUCGCCAUGACGCUCGCCUCCACGCUGGUGGCCGUCGCGGCCAUGCCGGCGUCGACGGCGCUCUACAGCCGCGCGCUGGGCGUGCACCACACCCUGCGCGUGCCCUUCUCGCGCAUCCUCGCCACGCUGCUCUUCGUGCUGGUGCCCGUGUCGCUGGGCGCCGUCAUCAAGCACCGGCGGCCGCGCCUCGCGGAGGCGCUGCUGGACGUGAUCCGCCCGUUCACGCUGGUGGUGGCGCUCGGCGGGCUCUACGUUGGCGCGCACGCCGCCGUCUCGCUGCUGGGCGGUGCCGGCGCCCCGGCGGCGCUGUACGGCGCCGCCGCGCUGGUGCCCGUCUGCGGGCUCCUGGUUGGAUUGACCCUGGCCCGCGCCGCGCGGCUGCCGGGCCCCGCGGCCCGGGCCGUGGCCAUCGAGUGCAGCGCUCAGAACAGCCUGCUGGCGCUCGCCGUGCUGCAGCUGUCGCUGCCGCAGGCGCAAGCGGACCGCACGUCGAGGGCGCCGUUCCUCAUCGCGCUCAGCACGGCCGUCGAGAUGUGGGUGCUGCUGGCGCUGAACGCCGCUUACACUCGCCUGCGCCCGGCCAAAUCCGACAUCUAGCUCGCGGGGGCGUGGCGAGCCGUAUUUAUUUGGAUGGCCGUGGCGCAAGGCGCCGGUUUCCACGCAAUGUCCGGAGGCGCCGUCCCCGUUUGGCGGCUCCCUUGAAGAGCACCACGUGAAGCGUUAAAUUAAGGUGUCUCAUUAAGUGGUGGGGGUGGCGUAGGGGUUGGUGUGAAUUGUAAAUAGUCGUCCUCGUUGCUGACGCUGCCUAUACAGCCGCAGUUCUUGCCACAAUUCAUAUUAAAUACACGCCUUGCAAAGAUCCAGUGCGAGUUGCCCGUCGCUGUGUUCAUUGUGCAAUACAGAAUGUUGUUUCCUCA